AUGAUUGUGGUCCUAGUUAUUCCACUUGUUGCCCAUUCUAAGCGACCAAUGAAUGAUUUGGGUGCUGAUAUUGGAGUUGAUGGGGUCUCGGGAACAGCCAAUGGUAACCAACCUGUGCAAGAAAGCAAUGUUAAUAGGAGUUAUGACAGGAGAGAGGAUCUC